AUGGAAUUGGGGAUCGCGCGACAACGCCAUUGCACCACGUGGUUGCACAAUAUCCCGGCGUGGCCGGCGUUAGCUGUCCAGUGGGUGUUACUCUUUAUAAUGCGUUUUUCAUUGUUUUUGCGCUUUUGUUUUGGUACUAGAAAUGGCUGCUUGACACCGACAAAGGGUGGGAACAAUUUAGGAGGUGCGAAAAAGAAAGUUCCCACGAAUUGUGAGGAUUGA